CUCGGCCCCAACCUGUCGUCCGCUGCAUUCAGCAGUGUUCAUCCACCACACGUACGAAAAUCUGUUUCCUUUUCCCCUUUCACUCCUCCACUCGCUGCUGCCUGCUGUCAGUUAGCUAGCCAUGCCCACGGCAAAGCGGCUGCCCUGCCAGUGCGCGGCGCUUCUUUAACUCUGUCUCCUUCCUCCCCUCCUGCUUUUCUUGCUUUCUUGAUCCCUUUCUUGAUCCCCAACUUGCUCUUGUUCCAGGGGCAAUAAAUCUAAAAUUUUUCAUGUUCCUCCUGCUGUCUGCUCAUAGAUUGUUCUUGCGUGCUGUCUCGUCUUUGUCUGAUCACGAGAAACGCUUCUUCGGCAAUGUCUGUAGUCCAUGGGAUGGAUGAAUGCGUGCAGAUGCGUAUGGGAUUGUAGAUAGAUAAGUUCUUGUUAUCCCCGAGCAGCAAGUCUCGGUCUUGGCUGCGAGUGGCUUUAUAGAUCGAACAUGUCGGAGUCCAGCAGGGCGUUCGAGCUGAAUGCGCAGUCGUCGGGCGCCGGCGACGGGCGCGGCGGGAAGGACGUCGCGCGCGGCGGCACUGGCGGCGGCGGCAGCGUGCCGUUCCACAGGCUGUUCGCGUUCGCGGACGGCGCGGACGCGGUGCUGAUGGUGCUGGGCGCGCUCGGCGCGGUCGCCAACGGCGCCGCGCUGCCGUUCAUGACCGUCCUGUUCGGCCGCCUCAUCGACGCCUUCGGCGGCGCCGUGGCCACCCGCGACGUCGUGGGCCGCGUCUCCCAGGUGUCCCUGGAGUUCGUCUACCUCGCGAUCGCCUCAGCCGUCGCGUCGUUUGUCCAGGUGGCGUGCUGGAUGAUCACCGGCGAGCGGCAGGCGGCGCGCAUACGGAACCUGUACCUCAAGACCAUCCUCCGGCAGGAGAUCGCCUUCUUCGACCAGCACACCAACACCGGCGAGGUCGUUGGGCGGAUGUCCGGCGACACGGUCCUCAUCCAGGACGCCAUGGGCGAGAAGGUCGGCAAGUUCAUCCAGCUUCUGGUCACCUUCUUGGGCGGCUUCGCCGUGGCCUUCGCGCAGGGCUGGCUCCUCACGCUCGUCAUGCUGGCCACCAUCCCGCCGCUGGUCCUCGCCGGCGCCGUCAUGUCCAGCGUCGUCGCCAGGAUGGCCUCGCUCGGGCAGGCGGCAUACGCCGAGGCAGCCGUCGUCGUCGAGCAGACCAUCGGCUCCAUCAGAACAGUCGCGUCUUUCACCGGGGAGAAGCGGGCGGUGGAGAAGUACAGCAAGUCUCUGAAGAGUGCUUACAGCUCCGGCGUCCGGGAGGGCCUCGCGGCCGGCGUCGGCAUGGGCAUCGUCAUGGCGCUCCUGUUCUGCGGCUACUCCCUGGGAAUAUGGUACGGGGCCAAGCUGAUCCUGUACAAGGGCUACAACGGCGCCCAAGUCAUGAAUGUGAUCUUCGCAGUGCUCACUGGCUCACUAGCUCUGGGACAGGCAUCACCAAGCAUGAAAGCGUUUGCCGGUGGGCAGGCUGCGGCAUACAAGAUGUUUGAAACAAUCAACAGGGAGCCGGAGAUCGAUGCGUACAGCGCAACAGGUAGGAAGCUAGAUGACAUUCAGGGGGACAUUGAGUUCAAGGAUGUUUACUUUUCCUAUCCAACGAGGCCUGACGAGCAAAUAUUCAGAGGUUUCUCCCUUGCCAUACAGAGUGGCACAACUGUCGCAUUGGUUGGCCAGAGUGGGAGUGGCAAAUCGACGGUUAUCAGCUUGAUCGAGCGGUUCUACGACCCUCAGCUCGGUCAAGUUCAAAUAGAUGGUGUGGAUCUGAAGGAGUUUCAGUUAAGGUGGAUCAGAAGUAAAAUCGGCCUCGUGAGUCAAGAACCGGUCUUGUUUGCUGCUAGCAUUAGAGACAACAUAGCUUAUGGCAAGGACAAUGCAACGAAUGAGGAAAUCAGAGCUGCAGCUGAGCUUGCUAAUGCCUCCAAAUUCAUAGAUAAAAUGCCACAGGGUUUUGCUACUUCGGUUGGUGAACAUGGAGCCCAACUUUCUGGUGGGCAGAAGCAAAGAAUUGCCAUUGCCAGAGCAGUUCUCAAAGAUCCAAGAAUCCUACUAUUGGAUGAAGCAACAAGCGCUUUGGACACUGAAUCUGAAAGGAUUGUGCAGGAGGCUCUUGACAGGGUCAUGAUAAACCGGACAACUGUCAUAGUUGCUCACAGUUUGAGUACUGUCAGGAAUGCUGAUACUAUUGCUGUCAUUCAUCGAGGAUCAGUAGUCGAAAAAGGUCCACACCAUGAGCUUCUAAGGGAUCCAGAGGGAGCUUACAGCCAAUUGAUACGCCUACAGGAAGCGAGCCAUGCUUCCAACGGUGCAAACUACCAGAACAAGUCAUGCAGGAAGGGUGAUUCUGGGAUUCGUACAGGCAAACAAUCAUCGACGAAUCAGUCAGCUAGCCAAAGGUCACCACAGGACAACAGCAGCAAUCACUCAUUCUCUGUGUCAUUUGGCGUGCCUCUUGAAAUUGACGUCCAGGACAGAUCAUCAAAGAAAGUAGAUGAAGAAAUACAGCAGGAAGUGCCUCUCAGCCGCCUCACCUCGCUUAACAAACCGGAAAUCCCAGCGCUUAUUCUUGGUUCUAUUGCUUCUGCUGUCAGCGGAGUGAUUUUCCCAAUCUUUGCGAUACUUUUAUCAAAUGUGAUCAAAGCAUUCUACGAGCCUCCAAGUAUUCUAAGGAAGGAUGCUGAGUUUUGGUCAUCUAUGUUCUUGGUAUUUGGUGCAGUGUACUUCUUGUCGCUUCCUCUCGGCUCAUACCUUUUCUCAGUGGCUGGGUGCAAGUUGAUCAGAAGGAUAAGAUUGAUGACUUUUGAAAAGGUGGUCAAUAUGGAGAUUGAAUGGUUUGAUUGCCCAGAGAACUCAAGUGGAGCAGUUGGGGCAAGGCUAUCGGCUGAUGCAGCAAAAGUUAGGGGCCUUGUAGGUGACGCUCUUCAACUGGCUGUGCAGAAUACUACAACUUUAGUUGCCGGUCUAAUAAUUGCUUUUGUAUCAAACUGGGAGCUAUCUCUUAUAAUAUUGGCUUUGAUACCACUCAUUGGCCUCAACGGAUGGAUCCAGAUGAAGUUUAUUCAGGGAUUCAGUGCAGAUGCAAAGUUGAUGUAUGAGGAGGCAAGUCAAGUAGCAAAUGAUGCAGUUAGCAGCAUAAGGACAGUGGCGUCAUUUUCAGCUGAAGAAAAGGUGAUGGAUUUAUACAAGAAAAAAUGUGAAGGACCCUUAAGAGCAGGAAUCAGGACAGGAAUAAUAAGUGGUAUCGGUUUUGGGGUUUCCUUCUUCUUGCUGUUUGGAGUUUACGCAGCCAGCUUCUAUGCUGGUGCACGGCUUGUAGAGGACAAGAAAACAACUUUCCCCAAAGUUUUCAGGGUGUUUCUUGCUCUCACUAUGGCAGCAAUCGGGGUGUCACAUACAAGUACCCUCACAUCAGAUUCUUCCAAAGCAAAAUCAGCCGUAUCUUCAAUAUUCGCCAUCGUGGACCGAAAAUCAAGGAUAGAUCCAAGUGAUGACGCCGGGGUAAGUUUAGAGCCACUAAGUGGCGACAUCGAAUUCCAGCAUGUGAGAUUCAGAUAUCCUACACGGCCCGAUGUUCAGAUUUUCGAAGACCUAUGCUUGACAAUUCAAUCUGGAAAGACAGUUGCACUUGUUGGAGAGAGCGGUAGCGGCAAAUCAACGGCUAUAUCGUUGCUGCAGAGAUUUUAUGAUCCUGAUGCAGGCCAUAUACUCCUAGAUGGAGUGGACAUACAGAAGUUCCAGCUAAGGUGGCUGAGGCAACAGAUGGGACUGGUGAGUCAAGAGCCAUCUCUUUUCAAUGACACGAUACGGGCAAACAUCGCCUACGGAAAGGAAGGGGAAGCAACAGAAGCAGAUGUUGUGGCUGCUGCACGGUUGGCGAAUGCUCACAAGUUCAUCAGUUCACUGCAUCAGGGAUAUGACACAAUGGUUGGGGAGCGUGGGGCUCAGUUAUCAGGAGGGCAGAAGCAGCGUGUGGCAAUUGCCCGCGCCAUUGUGAAGGACCCCAAGAUCCUCCUGCUCGAUGAAGCAACAAGCGCGCUCGAUGCGGAGUCCGAACGGACAGUGCAGGACGCGCUGGACAGGGUGAUGGUGAACCGAACAACAGUGAUCGUGGCGCACCGGCUGUCCACAAUACAGGGUGCCGACAUGAUCGCGGUGGUGAAGAACGGUAUGAUCAUCGAGAAGGGGAGGCACGAUACCUUGAUCAACAUUGAGGGUGGAGCGUACGCAUCCCUCGUCGCGCUCCAUUCAGCAGCAGCACUGUCGUAGCACAUGCCAAGGGUUAUGUGAGAGCUGAGCAAGACUGGCAGCUACCACGUUCAGGCGCCGGUUAUUGUUGUUCAGCUUCUGAUGAAAUAGGUACAAGGCAAGAUAUAUAACUCCUCCGCAUAGUUAAGCAGGAAAGAUCCCACAAAUAGCAGCGUCCAAAUGUAAAUGCACAGUUCAGUUCUCGUUAAUGAUAACAAAUAUGAAUAUUCAGUAUAACAGAUAUGAAUAUUCACACAAAUAUGAAUAUUCAGUAUAACAGAUACUGUGUAUAGCAUAACAAUGAAGUAGAUGAUGGUUGUGGUACGGUA